CAUGGCCAUCACUAACCUGAUUGUGAAGCCGCUGACAAUCUUCCUGGUCUACCGAGUCUACCAGAGCCGGUCCAGCGGCUCUGAGUUCAACGCUGGGAUCCCAGGCAUCUCGGGCAUUGGUCGCAGCGGUGGAGGAUACGACAACAUUGACGACCCCUACCCCAACGUCCACGGCAAGCCCUCAGCCCCGCCCACCUACCAGGAGCCCCCUGCAUCAGCCUAUCAGAGCCCACCUCCGCCUCAGGCCUCGGUGGCUAGUCAGGGGCAGUCAGAAGCCUAAUUCGGCACGGAACAUGAGAGAACGGAGAGGAGAGAAAGGAGGAGAAGAGGGAACAUACACCAUGUAUGAGGGGAGAGGAGAGAGAGGAGGGGAAGGUAGAUCCGGUGUGAG